AUGGAGCACGCCGAGCGUCAGCAUGGACAAUUUCCCCUCAUGGAGCUCUGUAUCAGGAUGCUGCGGAAGCUGAGUUUAUGGAACCAGGCGCCUGGAGGAACAUUCUCAAUUAGGGGCUACUUGAACGUAGGAAGCUAUAUGCUCGUUUGGGUCAUGCCGAGCUUUGUGUUCAUUGUGACUACGCAGGAUAAUGUUACGCUGCUGCUAAAGGCGGUCACCGAGCAGAUCGUGUUCUUUACUAUCUUCUACAAGUUCUGCUCAUUUGUGUACAACUUUCGGCAGUGGGAGUCAUUGUUCUACGAUCUACAGCGAACGUAUACUAGCGUGCAGUCCGAUCCCGACGCCGAGGUUCAAGCUGUCCUGACACACGUGCGCAAGGUGGCAUACUAUGUGACGCGCUACUACUGCACGAUAGUGACAUUCAAUAUCAUGGUAUACGGCAUUUUCCCAAUGAUCUACGUAAUAAUCAAGUAUGCCAUUACGGGCACCUAUAGUGUUCCUCUAUCGACACCGAUCGAAGGAUGCUACUUCAUUCCAGGUUAUAAAACUGAGUUUUGGAUAUGGCUGCCGUUCAAUGGCAUGCUCAAUGUAGUUCUUCUACUACACGGUCUGAUGCUUCUUCCAAUGGAAUGCUUCGUCUGGAUCAUGAUCUACGAUAUUGCAUGCCUUUUCCGUAUUCUUCGCAUUAAAGCUAGACUGCUUGGUACGGUGCAGGGUAAGGAUGUUCAAUGGCAUGCCGAAAUCGAAAACUUCGUGUCACUACAUGAUUGUACCUUGCGUUGCGCUUCAGCCCUGGAGGAAAUCCUCUCCGGUCAGAUGCUAUUUUUGUACACGUCGACAAUAUUUUCCCUCUGUCUGCUGAUGACGGUGAUCUCCGUUGCUUUCAACGACACUCAUUUGAUGAUAUGUAUGUUGGUUGUGAUCAACUACUGCAUGUUUCAAACGUUCUGCUUCGCCAUGUUGGGUACCGAGCUGAUUGAGGAAAGUUCCUCGGUUGCCGACGCGAUUUUUCACAGCUCCUGGUACACCCGGUCGCAUCUUGAGCAGCGCGAUCUGGCAUUCGUACUGUUCCGAGCGCAGCGACCGGUCAAAUUGACAGCAGCGAAACUGUUCAUUGUUACACGCGUGUCUUUUGCGCAGGUUUUAAAACAAGCGUAUACGAUUUUCACACUGAUGUCUCAGUUUUUGGGUGAAAAUGUAAAUUGA